AUGAAUGAGAUUCUCCUCGUACAAGCUCAGAACGGUCGAGACUCACCUAGCUUUUUCAUUCAAUUAUUACAAUACAAUAAUACACAAACUUCAUCUCAAUGUUUCAUCAACUAUCCUAAUAGCUCACAAAAUUACUAUAUCUAUACUGUUGCUGUUGGAAAGAAACCGAAUAAAAAUCAAAUACAAUUUUUCUUUGCUGGCGAAUGGAUCAAUGGAAGCAGUCGACCAUUUAUUGGAAUAGCAAAAUACAAUCUAACGAAUGAUCUUUCCGAUUCAUCGAACUCUUGUGCUAAUAGUUUCUCUUACUCGAUCCAAUAUCUAGAUAACUAUGAACAUCAAGAGUACUAUGUCAUCGGAGUUGAACCGAAAGGACUUCUUGCCUAUGGAUUUGCUAAUGAAUUUGUCACCAUAUUCGAUUCUCAGAAUGUUUCAAUUUUGGAAUCAUGGAAUAGCAGCUUAACAUGGUCGAAUAGUUCAUUUAAACCUUGUGCUGUUGAAAUUAGUGACAACUUUGGUAUCAUUGCUGGCUUCGUUCAAAAUGGUCUAGAAGAAAGAGUCAAAUAUAGUCCGAUCAUUUAUCUGCUUAAUUUCAAUUCAUCAAAUCGUCAUCCAAUUGUUGUUGAUCAAUAUAUACCAAUAGCUACUCCAGGUACAUGGCAAGACUUACUAACCUAUUCGAACGUAAAUAUUUAUUCGGCAAUAAAUAGUAUGUCAAUUAGUAUCAAUAGUCGUGGUAAUGUUUUAGUUGGCAUGCCAUUCAUCAAUCGAGUUUUCUUACUUUCGGUAAACAUUAGUGAUCCGAGAAACUUAACUUAUAUUAGUAGAAAUACAGGCGGUCGAUCGUUGGGAAAUGGAAAAAGUGUAGCUUGGCUUAACGAUGGAAAUAUGACUGCAAUACUUGUGAACACUUAUUCAUUGACAUAUCAGUGGUCGUCAUCUAAAAUCUAUUUCUAUGACAUGAUAUCGAGUAAUUAUAAUUCUAACAGUACUCCAUUAUCAGUUUUUCCUAAUUAUCAUCAAUUAGUACCGGAUAGUUUUAGUUUCACUUUUUUAAAUAUCAUUUCAUCAUCAACAUCAUUAACUUUAAUGGAUGAUAAGGGUAAUUUGCUAAUAUUCUAUCCCACACCACCAGGCUUCUUUCCAUCAAUAACAGAUACAGGAUCAGUACCCUUGAUUACAUCCACAGAAGCAUGUCUACCUGGUAUUUUGUUUGGAAAUAUUUGGUCUGGUAUUCCUCAUGUACAAGUUGAUAGUCGAACCGCUUUAUCAUUUACUCAUUGGGAAACUUGGUGUUCGGCAUAA